AUGCGCUUAAAGGACCUUCAGGUCUGCUUUUCAGUGUCCAAGAAGAGCGCUUGCUCCUGCCAGUCGGUGAAAAAGAGCGGGGAGGUGUUCCGACUCAAGGAACAUUUGCCUGCAGAUGAUUUAACUGCUGCGGAGAGACGUAAAAAGGAAUACGAACAUUACAUGAAACGGGAGAAGACCCGUAAUAUCAUUGUGGCACCUUCCAACUCACCGUUAAGGUAUCCAAUUCACGGAGUCCAAGUCAUACCACUUAACACAAUCCUAUUACCAGGUUUACAGGUGGAUGCAUCUUUGCCAAAAUACACGGUGGCACUUGAGGCAUCUCUUGGAACCUUUCAAGUUAAUACGUCUGGGAUUCCUGAGGUUCAGAUUAAUGGCAGAGGAGAAAAACAUCUAGAGAUUGUUACCAAUGAUAUCAGUGUGUUAAAUCACAUUUUGAGGACCACAACUUACACAAGUACUCUUUACACCAUCGACAGUCUAGACAUUGUUAAAUUUUCUAUGGGAAAGUACUUGGCUCAUAUCCCAGUUUCAAUUCGACAACCACCAAUAGUCCGCUUACAUGACCCAGGACAGUAUGGAAACAUUAGCUCCUUAGUGACCAUCACCACGAAGACCUUUCUACGCUAUGAGAAGUUACGAGAGCUGCUAAGAAGUUUACGUCUGUAUUACCCCGACAUAAAGGUCAUUGUGGCAGAUGACAAUGAAAACAUUGAGAAAAUCGAAGAUCCAAAUGUAGAACAGUACAUUAUGCCAUAUGCUAAGGGCUGGUUUGCCGGCAGGAAUCUUGCCGUAUCCCAAGUAACCACCAAAUAUUUCCUCUGGGUGGAUGAUGACUUUCUGUUUACAGAGCAGACAAAAAUAGAACAACUAGUCGAUGUACUGGAAGGAACCGACUUGGAUAUCGUAGGUGGUAAUGUGGAAGGUAACCAUUUCAGCUUCAAACUCCUCUUGGAGGAAGGUGAUGACGAAGGCGAUUGUCUACAUUGGCAAGGAGGCGGAUACCAUCAAAUUGAAGGCUUUCCUAAUUGUGUCCUGAGUGGAGGAGUAGUGAAUUUCUUCCUGGCCCAUACAGAGAGAAUUCUGGGUGUUGGAUUUGACCCAAAACUGAGCCGAGUAGCACAUACAGAAUUCUUCAUCGAUGCUUUGGGACGCCUGAGAGUAGGUUCAUGUAGCCACGUCUCUAUUGGACACCAGAAAAAAGAAAGACCAAACGAUAAACAACUAGCUAAAAAGUCGCAGGAAUACAGCAAAUUCCGGCAAAACACAGCACAGCAAGUGAAGACUAAACUUGGACUGCUUUAUUUCAAGAACCGGCUGAGCUGUUUUGUAAAGCACUAAAUUUU